AAUAGCAGUCACAAUACGGUCCUCGCACUGCGGGCAAAGGUGGGAUGUCUCGCCCUUGUUGUUUUUUCCCUAUCAGCCAGGUUUCGCAAAAAAGAUACUGAACGACCAUGAUCGGAUUAAAAGGCACACUCAAUGUCAUUGAUAAUUCUGGUGCUACCAUCGUCGAAUGCAUUCGUGUUAUGAGCGGUGCUCGUUUCGCUAGAGCAGGCGACGAGAUCGUUUGUGUUGUUAAACGUGCUAGACCCAUCAAUCCCAGUUUAAUUGGUACACAAGCUGCAUCACAAAAGGUGAAAAAGGGUGAUGUCAAACAUGCUUUGGUCGUCCGCACAAAGAAAGAAAUGUCGCGACCCGAUGGUCGUUAUAUUCGAUUCGACGAUAACGCUUGUAUCUUGCUGAACCAGAAGAAAGAACCUCUAGGCACUCGUGUGUUGGGUGUGGUGGCUGCUGAACUGAGGCAGAAGAACUGGAUGAAGGCUGUAUCACUUGCACCAAGAAUCAUCUAAACUUAUAGAAGCAAACAAUAUCAUUCACCCACUAUAAUGUGUGUAUUAAAUCAUCAUCCCCCUCCAAAAGAAAGAAGAAUCACAAAUUAAAGUCCUACUCCUUGACUUGCUAUUUCUGGA